AUGAAAUUGUUCGUACUUGCCUGUGUGAUCGUGUUGGCAGUUGCUGCUCCUCAGAAGAGUAGAGAUGUCCAGAUCCUACGCUACGAAAGCGACAACAUUGGCGUGGGAGGCUACAGAUUUGCCUAUGAACAAAGCGACGGUCAAAGGCGCGAUGAACAAGGCAGUUUGCAAAACGAGGGUCGCGAGAAUGAAUCCAUUGCUGUGAAAGGAAGCUACUCAUGGAUUGGCCCUGACGGCGUUACGUACACCGUCACUUACAUCGCCGACGACAACGGUUUCCAGCCCGAAAUCGAACAAGGACCCGGUGGUGGUGUACCUCCAGCCGUCGUUGCCAGUCUCCUUGGAUAAAUAACUAUACAUGAUAUUCAGAAAAUCAAGCUAGUCAUUCAAAGAUAAAAGUAAAAAGAACAAUACGUUCCAGUAGAUAGAGGAAUAAUUCAACAUUUACUAUAGAAUGAAAUGAGAAUUGUUUAUCUAUAAAUUACACCAAAAUACAUACCAUAUAAUAUUGUGUCUAUGUUAUUGACUAUGUUAUAAUUUAAUCUUGUUUUUGGUAUUAGUACAAGUUUUUUUUAACAAAUAAGGAAGCGUCAAAGCAAUAAAGUAACAA